AUGAUGAACAUUUUUUCGCGUAAGAAUAAGCUAGAGGAUGAACUGUUUAACAUGAAGUUUACAGCCAAAACAUUGCUACGUAAUGCUAAAAAGUGUGAGAAGAACCAAGUGAUACAGAAGAAGAAUUUAAAGAAAGCUAUUGAGCAAGGCAAUAUGGAAGGUGCCAAGGUCUAUGCCCAGAACGUGAUUCGUGAGAAAACCCAGGCGCUAAAUUACUUACAGUUGUCUUCACGUAUGGAUGCCGUAGCGGCACGUGUGCAGACGGCCAUUAGCAUGGGCCAGCUCAAGGGGAAUAUGAGUGGUGUGGUCAAGGGCAUGGACACAGUGAUGGAGUCGAUGAAUGUGGAGGCGAUCUCGCAGACUAUGGAUCAAUUUGAGAAGCACUUUGAAGACAUGGACGUGCGUGCGGCCUACAUGGAAGGUGCCAUGAGCAGCGGUACAUCGAUUUCAACGCCUGCAGACGAGGUGGAUGACCUGAUUCAGAUGGUCGCAGAUGAGAACGGGCUCAAGGUUGCAGGGCAGCUGGACUCGGCAGGGCUUGUAGGUACAGAUUUGCCUAUAACAGAAGCAGCACGAGAGAAGAAGUCACAGGAUGAUUUGUCCAUGCGACUUGCAGCACUACGGAAAUAG